CUUACGUGAAAAUAACCCAAACAGUUAGAUAGGAGCCAGAAGCGAGAAGUGUAGCAUUUGGUGACAUCAAAGGCCGAAAACUGAAACUUAUAUCAAACAGCUGGGCCUCCAUCUUCCUCUCUUCCUCUGUUUCUUGCAGCAGGGAAGAAGCGGCAGGCACCGGCACCGGCACCUGCACCUGCACGGAAUUGUUUGGUGACAUUUAAAGGCCAAAAGAUUAACUCUCAUCGAUCGACUCCGUAGAGGAGAUUCAAUCAUGGCGGCUGCAGUAGCUAAUGGGUUGAAGAAAGAACAAACACAGCCUAAUAAGUGUGCGGUUAUUAGUGGGCCGACCAAUCCAAUGGUGACACCUCUUUUAACAGAUCUUUAUCAGUUUACUAUGGCCUAUUCUUAUUGGAAAGCUGGAAAACACGAUGAACGAGCCGUGUUUGACUUGUAUUUUCGGAAGAAUCCGUUUGGUGGUGAAUACACAAUUUUCGCUGGGUUAGAAGAAUGCAUAAAGUUUAUUGCUCAUUUCAAAUUAGCUGAGGACGAGAUAACUUUUAUCAGGUCAUCAUUGCCCCCAACGUGUGAGGAUGCCUUCUAUGACUACCUUCGAGGAAUUAACUGUUCAGAUGUUGAGAUAUAUUCUAUACCUGAAGGAUCAGUUGUCUUUCCCAAGGUACCGCUGAUGAGGAUUGAAGGGCCAAUUGCUGUGGUUCAACUACUGGAAACUGCUUUUGUCAACCUCAUAAACUAUGCAUCGCUAGUCACUACUAAUGCUGCAAGACAUCGUUUUGUUGCUGGAAAGUCCAAGCUGCUGCUGGAAUUUGGGCUUCGAAGAGCACAGGGUCCUGAUGGUGGUAUAUCAGCUUCGAAAUAUUGCUACAUGGGAGGAUUUGAUGCAACAAGCAAUGUGGCAGCUGGGAAGUUAUUUGGAAUCCCACUGCGUGGAACACAUUCCCAUGCCUUCGUUAGCUCAUUUCUGAGCCCAGACGAGAUCACAGAUAAAUCACUUAAACAUCAUGUUGGCUCUAGUGUUUGUAAGGAUUUUGUUAGUCUGGUAAAGACGUGGCUAAAUAAAUUAAAGGGGUCACGCUUAUUAGGUGGAAUUUUCAGUGAGACAAACCAAAGUGAAUUAGCAGCUUUCACCUCAUAUGGGCUUGCCUUUCCUGGAAGUUUUUUGGCCCUUGUAGACACUUAUGAUGUCAUGAGAAGUGGUGUUCCAAAUUUUUGUGCAGUUGCGCUUGCACUAAAUGAUUUGGGGUAUAGAGCAGUUGGCAUUAGAUUAGACUCUGGUGAUCUUGCUUAUCAGUCAUGUGAAGCCAGGAAAUUCUUUCAAACUAUUGAAAAGGUGUUUGGAGUGUCUGGUUUUGGAAAGAUGAGCAUCACGGCUAGCAAUGACCUUAAUGAGGAAACACUGGAUGCGCUAAAUAAACAGGUUAGAGCAUCAGGAAUAUAAUACAGGCAUAAUAACAGAAUCUUGUCCUAUGUUAUUCGAUCUUUAUCAUGUCUCCUGUUCCCGUAA